AUGGCACCACCAAGGCCGCCUGGCCCUCAUCUGGCCCAGCGGCUACGCACUCUCGCCCUUACCCAGCCAACAGACUCGGCCCUACUAUACGCAUACCAGUAUCGCGCAUUCUUCCCCCCAACAGAACUUGAGCACGACAGCGUGCAUGUCCUCGCCCUCGUCCAGCUCGCGAGCGGGAACACUUACUCCGCCCUUGACCUGGUGCGCGAAUUCGCCGACGCAGACGCCGACCCAUCACACGACAUUCCAGACUACGAGAAUGGCAUCCCUGCCCGUCGACCAGGUUGCUACGGGUGCGCCGUAAUUGUCGCCAAGUGCUGCGCCAAGCUCGGGCGGUUCACCGACGGCCAGGCAGUCUUGGACCGCGCGAUCCGCCGUAGCGUGCCUCUAACGCUGCCGAACCACAACGCGGUGGAAACGGCUGCAACCGCUUCGCUCCUCGCGGCCCAGCUCUCGCAUAAGAGCAAAGCCACCACACAGGCCAUCGAGUACUACACUCGCGGGCUGACGGACGACCCUUGGCUGUGGGAAGCGUUCACUGGUCUCUGUGAUAUUGGUGCUGCGCCUCCUGCUGAUGCUGUGUUUUCUGACCCACCAAGCAUGCUGCGGACGUCGUCGUCGCAGCGCCCAUCGCGCCAGCCAACAGGAUCACCUGGACCCAUGCCUCGCAGCUCGGCGUCCGAGGUUCCAAACUUCCUGAGCCGCCGCCAACUGAGCCCCAUGCCUGUUGCACCAUCAAGUGCAAGCUUAUUCACGCCCGACCCAGGAGCAGGCGCCGUGUCUUCCCGCGUGCACAUGAUGGGAAGUAUGGCAGGGUGGGACUCGCCAGGAUCAGCUACUGGCGACACCACGUUCCCGUCGAUUGGGGAGUCUACGAACGGACGUGCUCGCGUGCCCAACCUCAUACAGCAGUUCAUUCCAGGCUUGCGCUCGACGCCCGCGAUGGAGCAGGGUCUUGCAAAGGCACCACCAGCCAUUAAGCGGCCGAGGGGCGGACACGGCCUCAAGCUGACCGACACUCCUGUUGGGGGACUCGCAAUCGAAUCACGUCUCAACCGCGACUUGCGCUCGAUGGAGAUCAAUGGGGACAAGGCCGUCGACCCACCAGUGCGGCGCAGCUCGCGCCUGAACGCGAGCAGCAGGACGACGACGUCGCGGGUCACGACGCGCGAGAAGCGCACGACUCGAUCACAGUCGGUCGCGUCGUCGGGGUCAGGACAGACUGAUGCGAACAACCACGCGACACUCGAGGCGCAGACUGCUGCGGCUGUGGACGACUGGCUGCGCGACAUUGUGCGCCGCUGCGGACGCGCGUACCGUGCCGUCAGCCUCUACAAGUGCCGGGAGGCGCUGGCAGAGAUUGACGCUCUGCCGCGCGAGCUCCAGGCGUCGCCGUGGGUGCUGCGGCUGAUGGCCAAGAGCUUUUAUCGCAUGGCCGAGUACAAGAAGGGCGCGCGGGUGUUCAAGCAUCUCGUCGAGCUCGAGCCCUACAACCUCGAGCUGAUGGACAUCUACUCGACGCUCCUGUGGCACAUGAACGACUCGACCGAGCUUUCAGACUUGUCACAGCGCCUGAUGAGCGUAGACAGGGAGAGCGCGCAGGCAUGGAUCGCGGCUGGCAACACGCUCAGCGUGCUCAAACAACAUGAGGAAGCGGCACGCCUCUUCCGCCGCGCGACACAGGUCGACCCGGGCUGUGCGAACGCGUGGACACUCUGCGGUCACGAAGCGUGGAUGACCGAGGAGACGGACCGUGCGAUUGCGUUCUACCGCACCGCGAUCCGAACCGACGACCGCGAACAGGCGGCGUGGUAUGGCCUCGGACACGUCUACUUACACAUGGGCAAGUGGCGGCAUGCGGAGCACCACUUCCGGCGAGCGGCCGAGAUUAACCCUGCCAGCGGACCGCUCCUGUGCGCGCUCGGUGAGGCGAUCGAGCGUGGCGGCAACCUCGUGGGCGCGCUUGCGGAAUUUGACCGCGCCGUUGCUCUUGAGCACGACGUCGACCGCCCAAUCACGCGAUAUAAGCGCGCGCGGGUGCUAGUCGGUCUGGGCCGUGUGCAGGAAGCCAUUGUCGAGCUUGAGCCGGUCGCGCGCACAUCGAGCGACGAGCCAGACGUCCACUUCCUCCUGGGCAAGUGCUACCUCAAGAUGCGGCGCAACGCCGAUGCCGUGAUUGCGCUCACGACGGCGCGCGAGAUUGACACCAAGCUCGAGGGGGCUGUACGCAGUGUGCUCCUGGCGGGAGGUGUGGACGUGGAGGAUGAGUAG